CCCCCUCACAGGUCCACAGCAUGAUGCCCCCCAAUUAUCCCCCACCGGGUUAUGGCCAGUAUGGGAACUACUUGCCCUACAUGCAGCAGCAGUGGCCGCCCAUGUACCCACCCCCCAACAUGACCCUGCCUCCUCCAGUCGUCCCCGAGGAGUUCCCCUCCAGUCUGCCAUACAAACAGCCCUACAGCCAACCAGCCCCUGAGCUGGGAGCCAAAGGUUCAUUGAAGACCUUUGUGCUGGAGGGUGAGAAGGAAAGUUCCAAAGUCAGCAGCCAUGACAGGAGAGUGUCUGAGGAGCAGAACAACGAGAGCCAGAAACAGAAGGUUCUGGAGGAGAGAGAGAAGCUGAAGCAGGAGAGAGAGAUCAGGAUGAAGAAGAAGGAAUAUCUGAUGAAGGAGCUGGAGAGCCUCAGGAAGCAGCAAGGUGAGCUCCUGAGGAAGAAGCGCAGGGAGAAGGAUGGCCACAAAGACCCUUUGCUACAUGAGAUCAGCCACCUCCAGGAGGAGGUCAUGACUCAGAUCUCCAACCUCCGCAAGGAGCACGAGGCUGCCGAGAAGAAACGUAGCGAAAUUGAGAAGGUGGCACUCAUCCUUGGUCUGAGCCCAUCCACCCGAUCCCGCAGAACCAGCAAACCGGCUGAGGACCAGGAGGACGAGCCACCGCCAGAGAAGAAAAAACGGGAGGCAGAGAGGAGCCCUGAGGGUCGGCAGGUGUCCAGCAGCUCCACAAUAAAGCAGACCUCGGCAUCAAGGGCAUCCCCUGACAAGCCGCCAGUCAGCACUCCAGCUCCGACUCCAACCCCGGCCCCGACACCACUCCUGGAGCCAUUUGAAUACUAUGACGCUGGAAACCACUGGUGCAAAAACUGUAACAUCACAUCUGGUUCUAUGUUUGAUUUUUUCACGCACUUGCACAGCAAAUUGCACCGGAAGACUCUGGACCCGUACAACCGGCCCUGGGCUUCCACUCCUACCAAAAUCAUCAAGAACACGCUGUCAGAGGAGAAGCUGAUGAAACCCGCCAAAGGUUCGGAGUUCCUGCUGCCCAUCAGAGGAUUCUUCUGCCUGCUGUGUAAAGAGUUUUAUGGAGACGCCAUCUGUGCAGAAGAGCAUGUCACCACACAUGCUCACAAUGAAAAAUACAAGAAACAAAUGUAUGAGAAUCCAUUCUAUGAGCAGAGGAGGAAUCUGGACCGCCAGGCAGGACUGGCCUUAGAGCCAAGUGGAAAGAAACGCAAACACGAGGAUGAGGAAAAAGGCAGCAAAGACAAGGAGGAAAAAUCCAAACACAAAAAGGACAAAAAGGACAGAGAGAAAAAGAAUGAAGCAGAUGACGCUGUUCAGAAUGAGGAGAAAUCAAAAGUUAUAAAUGAGGAAGAGGGUGAUAAGCUGAAUCCAACCAAGAAAGGGGAGGACUUAAAAAAUGUCAAGAGCCUAGGAGAGGAGAAGCCUUCUUACAGCAAAAAAGAUGAAGAGGAAAAAUAUAAAUGCAGCAAGAAGGAUGAUAAAUACAGAAACAGCAGAGAGGAAGAGGAGAGGGGCAAAUACAGCAGAAGAGAAGAGGAUGACCGAUACAAAUACAGCAGAGAUGAAGAAUAUCGUUACCGAUAUCGUAGAGACAGUGAUGACGGAUAUGACAACUAUCCUAAAUACGGCCCGAGAGGUGACGAGAACAAGUAUAAAUACAGUAAAUAUUCUGACUUUAGAUCCAAAUAUGACAAAGAGCAAGAUGAAAGGAAAUCUAAGGCUGAGAAGGAAGCUUUUAAAAAGCCUGAGUCUGCGAAACCAGCUGGGAAGCCAGAGGUCAACAAGCCUGAACCCCCACCAAAACCCUAUGACCCACCCAAAAUCUUCUGUGGACCCAGUCCAGCUAUGAGGGCCAAGCUUCGCAAGCAGAGCCUAGAAGCCAGCAAACCAGCACCUGUGGCCACAACCACUUCAUUCGGAAAGUUCACAUGGAAGAAAAAGGAGAACGUGCUGGCAAAGGAGGCAGAGAAAGUCGCUGCCGAGUUCAUCAAGGAUGACGAAGCAGCUGUAAGCCAGCAGCAAGCAGUCCCAGUUGAGGAUUCUUUUGCAAAGUCGAUGGCUGUUGCUAAGGAGAUUGCCCAGAAGCUGUCGGGCCACCACAACAUGCCUCCUCCAUGGGUGUCCAAUGGUGCCAACCGGGGAAGGAUCCGGCCCAACCUCCCAGCGCCCACUGCAGUCCUGAGGAAAACUGCUAUGAUGGGUAAACCUGCACCUCUGAAUACCUUUCUCUCCAUCAGACCCCAAAACACCAGUUUACUGGAGUCUCCUCCAAAAUCACUGCCAGUAAUCACUGACCCUCCUGGACCGUUCCAGGCUAGGCCUGUACCUUUGGUCCCCAAGCCAUUUGAGGCUAACCCUCUGCCACCGGUGUUUAGACCUGCAGCUUUUGAGGUUAAACCUUCACCUGUGAUUUCUAAACCAGCUCCUGUUGAGACAAAGCCUGUGCUGUCUGAGGCAAACAUUCCACCAUCUGAAGCUACUCCUGAGCCAUCCAAGGCUAAACCUGCACCACCAGCAAUGGUAAAGAUUGUGUCUGAUGUGGCAGCUCCCGGUGUUCCAGAAAGUGAGCAGACUCAUACAGUGUUUGUCAAGCCUCCCCCUUUCAUGAAUAUGGGUGAUGGAGCUCAGAAGUCUGAGAAACUUAAGAGUAACUUGGCUGCAGCCAAAGCCCAGGACUUAUUUGGAAUCUUUUACAGCAGUAUUAGUCAGUCAGGUCCUUCCUCCAUCACCAAACCAGCAACAGAUACCAGAGCUUUUGGGAGGAGUGCUGAUAAAAGUCCACUUCCAGCCCCGCAAACACCAAAACCACAGCCUCUCCCCCAGUCCAAAACCCAGUCCCAACCUCCAGCUGAGGUCCAUAAAUCUCUACAACAUGACUCAGAUAGUUCUCCACAAGGUCCCCAAACUCAACCAAAAUGUAACAUUCAAAUUUCAUCAGUUUGGUCAUUACAGCAUAGCCCAGCCUCAACACCAGAAGUGGCUGAAUCUGAAACUACUUCGCAAAUGGCCAGACAAAAACUGUCUUUACCAGCUCCGUCUGAGGCUCAGAGUGUACCCCAAAACCAGUCCUUGACUGCUAAAUCUGAGUCCCACAUGGCCCCACAGUCCAGGCUUGCCGAGCUAAACGCAACGCCCCAGUCCAAAUUCAUUCCUGAAAUCCAAACUGAGGCACAGUCUGAACCCAAACCAAACCUGGACACCCAGUCCCAUCCAGAGACUCAGCCUCACACAUUUCCAGAACCUGUACCCAAACCAGACCAGGACACUCAGCCCGAGUCUUCUCCAAAGACCCAGUCUGACACGGCUCCAGAAUCUGAACCCAAACCAGGCCCUAAAACUAGAGGCAAGACAACUCCAACAAAGAAACCCCCACCUGCCCCCCGCCCUGUCCGCCAAACCAGAUACCAAACCCGGCGCCAACAACAGCAGCAGCAACAGCAGCAGAGCCAAUCUGAGCCAGAACCUGAGCUGGCUUCAGGAGACUCUGACUCUGCAACUUCAGACCAAAAGGGGCUGGCCAUGUCCGAUCCUGGCUCUGGCUCACAGCCAGAGGAGGGGGUACUCAUUGAGGAACAUCUUCAGGUGGCAGAGGUCACCCCUGAAACCCUAGGCCUUCCCUCUGACAUGACCUCCCUGGACUUUGAAUAUGAUUUUAACUUUGAGUAAAAGCUGAAUGGACUAUAUUCUGGUAAACCACUCAUGUAUCCUGGAGGUUCAGAAGAUCACACAGCUCAGUCUUUAUCAAAAAUUUUCUGGACUUUGAAGGCAUCUGGAAGUGAUGAGAAAGACGUUGCGCUGAUGGACUUGAGACUUUUGAUAUACUAUCCUUCACUUGUUUAACAUUUAGUGAAACCUCUUUGUUCUGUCGUCUCCAGUUUUCAGCUUUCUGAAGGAUUACAUUGAUCUCUGUGGAUCCAGGUCCUGGUUGCUUUUAGUCUAGUUCAAAGGAUCUUUCAUAUCAUAAGCAUUUCCUCUGAAGGUACCAGAUCUAACAGUUAAUUGAUGUUGCUAACAAGUAUUGGUCCUUUGCUUGUGUGUUUUAGAGGUCCACUGUAGAGCUCCAAUAAUCAGUCAACAGAAAAUCAAUCAUCAGCUGAUUAUUAAAGACCCACUCUACUCAGAA